AACCAACGGAGCAGUUCCGUCGUUUUGUUUACAAGAGCUUCGCGCCAAAUAGAAGAUAAUCGGCAGCGAGUUAGUGUUGUGAACAUUUCUAGUCUCAGUGGUGUUGGAAAGCGUCUAUGACCGACAUUGCUGGUAUGGAGCUUGAAACUGAUAUCAGAGUGAACUUGGAAUCUAGUGAUACAUUGCAACAAAACAAAGAAGCUGAAAGUCUCAAUAAUUCAGAGGAUGAAGGAAUUUGUGUAUCUCACAAUCUUAGCCUUACUGGUGUCUCAGAAGCACAGAGUCAGCCGAAGGCAAUAUGUACCAGUGAAGUGAAUGAGGAAAACCAACACCUUUCAGGGGAUGAUGAUAAUGUUGGUAAACGUAUGAUUGUUAUGUCUGAUGAUGAUAGUGAUGACGAUUAUGUAAAUAAAAGUUUGUCAGUCGGGAGAAGACGGCCGGCAAUUCUGUCAGAUGAUGAGGAUUUUAGCCAGCCAAAAAUACCCGUUAGUAAAUUGCCUGUAAGCAGUGAUGAUGAUGACGAGAGUGAAGAUAACAUUAAAAAUACUAAGAAAAGGAUUGUCCAUAGAUCAUAUUCAGAGAGUGAUGAUGAUACUGCAAUGUUUCUUACGAAGAACCCUUCGCAACACUCGCUGGAAGUGCCGAAGCUUAACUUCAAAUACAAUAAUGACUUGUAUGAUGCUGAACUGUCGGAUGAAGAACGACCUCCGGGGAGCUACGAAGGUUGCCAGUCUUCAGGGAAGCCACAUGACAGUGACGAUAGUGACGAGGAAAGAGCAAAUAUUGGAAAAAAGAAAAAGAAGGUGAAGCAUCAACCUCCAACGCUAAAGCAGCAGCAGGUUGAGGUUCGAGAGAUUUACAGCGAGUCUCAGCGCAUGGUCCGUGACUCUCAAAUUUCCUUGCCGUACCACAAACCAAAGCAGAGAACCCUCACAGAAUUUCUUAAUAGGAGAAAGAAGGUAUCGGUCCCUCAAACACAUUUGCGAACCAGCUUCAAAAUGAGUAUGCGGAACAUUGAAACACUUAGGUUAUUGGAAGAAAAGAAGAAAGAAGUUGAAGAAUUUUAUAAGUCCGACUCUGAUCAAGAGGAUCCUGAUGAUCAAGAUUGGAAGCCAGGAAGUGAGACUAAGGAUGAAAAGGAAUCGCCAAUUGAAGAAAUGGGUUUGGAAGUGAAUUUAGAAGAAGAGAAAACAGCAGACAAACUGACAGUUUUCACUGGUGGUGAUGAACUCCCAGAUAUAACUCAGGUAAUUGAUAGUUUAUCAUCUACAGUAAAGGAUGAUAAGUCUUCUGUAGAAGAAAAGCAAAAUCUCGAAGGCAAAGUGCCUCUGGCAGCAAGUGAAUGUGAGAGCAGAAAAGAGGAUCAAUGUGUAGAAUUUACCGACAAAAAUAAUGAGUCGGGUAUUCAUAGUGGUGUAUCUUCACCGUCUGACCAUUCUCAAUCAGGAGAUGCAGCUGUUGCAUGUAUUAAUACCGCUUCCGAGGUAAAUGCAUGCUUAUUAAACGAUAUCAAUCACAGUGACGAAGAUAUAAGCAUAUGUGAAAAGGAGAAAAAUGAUGUUGUUAGUGAGGGUUUGGACAAAUACAGUGAAGGGAAAGCAUUACCUCUUGUGACAGAACAUUUAUUACCAGUUUCUGCAGCAUCCGUAACAAAGGACAUUAAAAAGACCAAUACACCAAAACUGAGUUUAUUAGCCUCCAAGUUACGGGACGUAGACUUGAGUAAUAUUAUCAAAAGUACACCAAAGAUUAGUUUUGGAGGUGAAGAUGACUUCAUUGACCUUGAAGAGGAGGCCUCAACGCCAAAGAUGAUGGCAGGUGUUAAUGAGUUGAUGGAUCGCUUUGUAAAACAUUCUAGCACUAAAAGAAAAGUUGCACAAAAGCAGCAAGUCAACCUUAGCAUUGUAAGUAAGGAAAAGGAUGCAGAUGGCGCCGAACAGCUUGUGUCAUCAAAUGUGGUUGUUACCUUGGAUGCUGAGCAAGAACAGCCUACAGAAACUGUUCCUGGAGCUCGUCUCGUGUCCUUGAAGACAGCUCUUAAGGCAAAGAUCAGGGAGCAGCGCGAGAAAGUGAGAAUUAGGAGAGUUAAGGAAAAACAGUUUCUGGAGACUGAACAAGUUAUUGAAGAUCAUGAUGGAGACCUGCCAGACGAAGAGGCUGAGCUGACUGACCAGAGUGAUACCGAGUACGAGACAGAGUCCGAGCCUGAAGAGAAUGACAUUGUUGUUAAGGAUAAAAAGCACAAGAAGAGUGCCUUCGUAGAUGAUGAAGCAGAAGAUGAGGAAGAUGAAGACAUGGAUGAGGCUGAUGAAACUGAGAAUGGAGGGGAUGAUAAUGAUGUGGGUCCUGAAGUAGCAGAUGGUGACAGUAAUGACACUGUUGAACUGCCCAGCACACGAAAAAAAAAUUCUGAGAAUGACGAUGACAUAGAGGAGGACGACAGCGAACAGCUUAAAUUACACUGGGAAGAGUCCCAGGAUGUCCAUACAGUGAACCACUGCAACUCUUGGCAAGCGCCGUCCAUCUCUCGCUCCAAUACUGAGGAUUUAUUUGCUUCUCAGAUGUGUAAGAAAAUUGAGAGUGUGGACAAGGAUGCCAGUACCACCUCAAUGGAUUCCAGUUUUGAAUUUUUUGGGUCAGUGAUCCCUGGGCACCAACCUGGAGGAGGAAUGAGACACACCACAGCUGGUCACCGCAGUGAGAGUGAGGGUGAUACAACCUUCCUCACGCCUUUCACUAAAACCAAAUCUAACAGUUUUAGCAGCACUUCAAGGGAGCGUGAUUUAAGCUUACCAAUUGAAGAUUCUCAAGAUUCGUGUAAUGUAACCGCAGCUAGUAGGUCAAUUUCUCUGUCUCCAAGUGAAUUAAGUCUUCACUUAACUCCCUUAAAGGAUUCACAAUUUCCUCACGAAGAAUCGCAGAAGGUUAAUUCGAUUGUGAAGCUGCGGCUAGAUUUUACAGAUAUUGGAGAUUCACAGAAAGAUGAAUUAAUUGACCUAUGCUCAGGACAGUUUGCAGCAAAAACACCCUCCACCCAAAUGAAGAACUUGUGUGAAGAUAACCUCACUCCAACUCAAGAUAUAGGUGAACUCAUGGGCCUGUGUUCAGGCCAGUUUGCUAGUCACGGUGAAAAGAAGAGUAACCAAGCGGCAAAAAGUCAGAGUGCUUUAUCAGAGCUUGUAGCAUAUGAUAGCAGCCCAAGUGAAGGUCACCACAGUGACGAGGAAGAGUUGCUGAAUCUCUGCACUGCAAAAUUUACCACACAAGCAACUCGAGAAAAUUCUAUAAAUGAUGCUAGUAAUGCGGAGAAGCCAAAUAGUCAACUAAAAGAAAGGAUGGAAGAUGAAGAAAUGAGACCUGAACCACAGAUGAUAAUAUAUUCCUCAGAUGAAGAAGGUGCAAUAAACAGACAAGUGAAGGUAAAAGCUAGCAAGAAAAGGAAGAGGAUUAUGCAAUUUUCUGGUGAUGGUAUCCGUGCUGACUUUUUGGAAAAUGAAGCAGAACUCUCUGGAUCUGAUGUCAAUACAGAUGAUGAGGAGGAUGAUGAUCAGGAUGACAUGGAGGAGGAAGAAGGGGAUUUGGAGCAAUACGAUGAGAAUGAACUAAGAGAUCAGGUUGGAAGAGCUCACUUAAAGACUGUCCUAGACUCUGAUAAGCGGGAGAUACGCCUCCUGCAGGAAAUGUACCUAGAGGAUGGCGAGUUGCACGGUGAAGGUCGACAACGGCAAUUCAGAUGGAAAAAUAUUGGUGAUGACACUGAAGAUAAUGAGAAGAAGGUGCUGUCUGAUGAAGAAGGGGGAGAAGAUGAAAUAGAAGAUGCCGAGUGGAGAAAGCAGAAAAUUGAACGGGAAAAGUUCUUAAAGGAACAAAGAACAAAGGUGGAAGAUAAUGAACCGGUGAUUUUCAAGCUAAAUCGUUGUCCUAUUGUAAGAAGUACAUCCAUGGUAGCCGAGUUACUUGCCAGGAGAGAACCCCUGAAGGAAGUUAACCCUGCGCCAAUUCCUGUUCCACCACCAUCCAAAUCUUCUGCGAGCAACCAUCUUAUUUUCCAGUCAAAGCGAGGCUCUUUCUUAUCUCGAGACAAGAAUACACUAGCCCGUAUUGCUGAACUGACCAAAGAUAAAGGGAGUGUUGUUGGUGGAGCUAAGCAGGCAGGUAACUUUGUUUUCCAACAGCUGUCUGCCAAGGAAAAGCAGGAAAAAGAAGAAUCUACAAAGUUGAAGAGCACUUCAAAUGCACCGAUUUCUAAAAAACCGAGACCUGAUAGAUGCUUUUUUAGUAUGGAUGUCUCGAGCCAGUCAUCGAGUAUAUUUAAGCAUUUUUAGUUUAUACUGUGUAUAGUAUUAAUUUUGUACAUUAUUAAUCUUUUUGAAGAUUAAAGACCAUAUUGAGAAGUGAAUGCUGUGCACCAAUUAGCCCAACAAUUAUAAAAUAUUAAAAAAUACUGAGAAUAAUUAUAAUGGUGAUUAAUCCAAACCUGCUUGUCAAAUAAUUUGACAAACAUUAAGGACCAGAAUCCCAUUCUCAUAAAGCAAUUUUAAGAAAUAAACUCAUAGCAAUAAGAACCCAUUUAAUGGGAAAAUUUAUAUUAAAAACACCAAAGUUUACAAGAUUAACAACAAGCAGCAUGAAGCUACACCAUAUGCGUCAGUUCAAAAAUUGUCUUGCACAUUCUUCAUGGUAAGCUUGUACAAACCUUAAAGCUGUCUCCUAUAAUCUAAGUACAGUAUUAAGAUAAAUUUUGUGAUGGUUUAAGUUGAGAAAUAAGGCCGUUUAUUAGUCAAAACUGAUGGCACUGCAGACCUUGAUAGUUAAGCAACUCAAAUUUUUUUUUUUUUGUUACACGAGAGUAAUUUAAGAGAAAGGUUUAGCUUUGAAAAUAUAUGAAAAUAUUGGGGCACUGUGAUUUAUUGGUUAGGGCAUUUCUCCUUAUAAGCAAAAGACAUUGAGAUUAAAUUCUGGGCAUUUUUUUAACUACUGGGUGCUAAAGGAUUCUAUUAUAGGACCUGGAUGUAAAGCAAUUGAUAGAUCAUGUUCAAUUGAAAAUACCACUGAAUAAACUAACCAAUUGCAGUACCUGGAUAAAAAGAAUUUUUUUUUCCAAAAAUGCAUGUAAUUUUUUAAAUGCAAUCCAUAAUUUAGUUUUACUGAUAAGCAUUUGAUUAAUUCAAGGUGUUUCUAAACAAAACAAAAAAAGUUAUGAUGUGUUUCACUAAUACACUUGAAAGAGUAAAAUAUCUAUAGAAUUUAAAUGUACAAUAUUAUCAUUCUUAAAAUACAGAUUUUGUUUUGCCAUUUGCAUCUGAAUAGUUAAAUAAUGUUAUUUCUCAUAUUAGGCAAGCAUGCCUUCUUAUGUGACAUUUGCCCACUUGACUUGGAUUGCCUUAAGAUUAUUCCAACAAAAUGUUAGCAGUUAGGGUCAAAGUUGUAUAAAGAAUGAAAGUUUUUGUAAUUGUAAUGUUAUGGUGAUGUACUGGGAUGGUGCGGAACACUGUAAUGGAUGUGGUAGAUUUUCAGGGGCUUGCAAUUCAUUUACAUAUAUAUAUAUAUAUAUAUUUAUUUAUUAUUAAUGCUUUAAAACAAUGUAUAGUACUACUAUUCUCAAAUGAAACAGUUUUUAUGUUUACAAUUUUAUUUAAUUUUCUUGCUGCAAGUAUGAUGUAGCAGACAUUACAGCAAUCAAUAAUUAUUUUUGUUAUGCAUAAAUAUUUUACAGUAUAAUUAAUUUAUUAAAAUAAUUUGUAGUCAACUGACACAGAAAAUAAUAAAGUAUUUCUUUAAUA